AUGGCCACUCUCAAUGGUGAUGCACGUAGCAGUGCACCGGUUUGUCUCGUCACAGGAGGCGCAUCGGGCAUGGGCCUUGCCGUGGUCGAGCAUCUGCUGAAGCAGGGCUGGAACAUAGCUAUCGUCGACUACAACGAAGCAACCGGGCAAGCGGUGGCGAAUUCCCGCGGACCCCAGGUAAUCUUCAUCAAAGCAAACGUGGCAGAGUACGAAGAGAUAGCAGCUGCCUUUGCCCGAACCUGGAAGGAAUGGAAGCGUCUUGACGCGGUCUAUGGAAAUGCUGGCAUCGGCGACCGGAUCAACUUCUACGCGCAACAGGAGGACCGAGAAGACGGCACGCCUCCCAAGCCCAACACAGCCGUGAUUGACAUUGACCUCUACGGGCCCAUCUACUGCGCAUGGCUGGCGUUCCACUACUUCCGCAAGAACCCAGACAAGGCCGGCAAGCUCAUCUUCACGUCCAGCAUGGCGGGCAUCUACACGGGGAGCACCGUUCCACUGUAUUCGGCUGCAAAGGCUGGGGUCGUCGGAUUGACAAGAUCUCUGGGCCAACGGCUCAAGGAGCUCGGAGAGCCCAUUACUGUGAACUGCAUAUGUCCAGGUCUCGUGCACACGGCCCUGACAAAGAUCUACUCCUUCACCUGCCCAGAGGAGUACAUUACGCCUACCUCUACCAUCGUCAAGGCUUUCAUGAGCUUCAUCGACGAUGUCAGCUUGACCGGACAGGCUGCGGAAUGCAGCGGCGAAAACGUUCAUUACAGGCAGAGGCCAGAGUUUAGCGAUGACAAGGCCGCCUUCAUCUGUGGCGGUGGACUGGGUGAGGCCAUGUCGAAGUUGAAUGUCAAGCUCUAUUGA